AUGAAGGUGAGAGAAGAGAGCUCAAGAAUCAUCAAACCCUCUUACGAAGGCUAUCCUCCCCCAACCACAAACCACAUUCCUCUAAGCGUCUUCGAUAAGGUCACUUUCGAUACCCAUAUAGCAGUAAUCUAUGCCUAUCGUCCUCCAACCCCACCAAAUAUAACCCUAGAGCUGGGGCUUCAAAAGGCCUUAUCAGUUUACAGAGAGUGGGCUGGAAGGUUUGGUAAAGAUGACAAUGGUGAACCUGUCAUUCUUCUGAAUGAUGAAGGUGUGAGGUUUGUUGAGGCAUCGGUUGAUAGCACUCUUAAUCAAGCCAUGCCAUUGAAGCCUUCAGAGUCUUUACUAAGUCUUCACCCUAGAUUAGAGGGUGUGGUGGAGUUGGUCCAAGUUCAGCUCACGAGGUUCACUUGUGGCUCAUUGGCGGUGGGGUUCACUGCACACCACCUUGUAGCUGAUGGACAAUCCACAAGCAAUUUCUUGGUUGCAUGGGGACAAGCUUGUCGAGGACUCGAAAUUAGUCCUCUCCCUUACCAUGAUCGAACCAUCUUCUCCCCACGAGAUCCGCCUCAUUUCGAAUUUGAUCAUAGAGGAGUGGAGUUUAUGAAGAAGAAACUCGAUAAAAUUUAUCCUCUUCACGAUGAUUUUAUCUAUCAAGAUCAAGAAAUUGUGGUGCACAAAGUUCAUUUUACCUUACAGUUUCUUAGCAAGCUGAAGGCCAAAGCUUCCUCAAUGAAUGGCUCAAACAAACCCUAUAGCACUUUUGAGAGCCUCAUAGCUCAUAUGUGGAGAGCCACCACAAAGGCACGAGCCCUGAGCCCGUUUGAAACCACUCAAGUGAGAAUCUCUGUCAAUGGUCGUACGCGAUUGAACCCUAGAGUACCCAAUGAGUACUUUGGAAACCUCGUGCUCUGGGCGUUCGCACGCACAAAGGUAAAGGACCUUUUGCGUGAGCCAUUGCCCUAUGCAGCCAAGCUCAUCCAUGACGCUGUGGAGAAGGUGAACAAUGAUUACUUCAAAUCAUUUAUCGACUUUGCAAGCUACAAGGUGAAAGAAGAAGACCUUAGUUCCACAGCUGAUGUUAUUGAGUCUGUUCUGUGCCCUAAUUUGGAGGUUGAUAGUUGGCUAAGGUUUCCAUUUUAUGACCUAGAUUUUGGAGGAGGAUGUCCUUACAUUUUCAUGCCAGCUUAUUCCCCAAUAGAGGGCAUGUUGUUUCUCCUACCAUCUUUCAUUGGGGAUGGAAGCAUAGAUGCUUUCAUACCUCUAUUCCGGGACCAUUUAGCUGCCUUCAAGCAAAUUUGCUAUUCUAUAGAGUAG